AUGAAUGCCGGACCUGCGGGAAGGGAAAGGCCGCAGAUUUUGCGACAAAACAGCUAUCCCGGGCCAUCCAAUCGCGAGAACGAAUUGGAUGGAGACGAGGCAGAGCUUUUGGCAAAACUAUCCUCAUCCAAGUCAAUGGUCGCUCCAUCAGUAGCGCUCGAUAAGGACUUUUGGGGCUCGAACCUUGAUAUCGUUCACAACGUCAAUCCCUCCAGCAGUCACUCGCGCUCAUUUCUUGACAAGCGAAGCACAUCGCCUAAACAAUUCUUGGCGACUCAAAGCUUCAUAGUCAAUGACGAGAGGCGAUCCAAGAGAAGAUCUCAGGCUACAAGUGGCUCGCGGUACUAUGCGAAUAUGGUGAUGAGGAAGAUGCACGGCCACUCAUUCGACCGCCCACAAAGGUCACCUGUAGAGGCGAUCUAUGCCGAAAGUUUUGGGGUUACGCCUAUGGAAGAUCUUCAUAGAGUUUCAUCGUUUCGAAUGCAAUAA